AUUGGGGUGUUGUACUACCUGUUUCACAACACCAACAGCCCCAUCACGCUGCCAUUCCUCACCAUCUUCCACCUCACCGGCGCUACAUCUCCUAUUAUUCCUACGUAUACUUCGCGUUACAUUUAUCCUCUCAUGCCGGGAAAGCGCCCGCGCUCGACCUGCUCCGCCAGCAGCCCUGCGACGGCGCCCGAGGCGAGUCGACCCGCAAACGACUGGCUCGCGUUAUUAAGGACUUCGCUCUUUAUCGUCACUGCUCUAUUGACCUCGCCUGCGGUCCUCCAGCGUCCCCUCGUCCUUGAAAGCGCCGCGUGUGCUCCGUCAACCCUCCUACCCUGCAACACCUGCGCAGCUCGAGUCCGCACGCCCCCGAACGUCAACAAGCCCGCUCCCUCGACCGCAGCUCCCCCUCUGCGCCUCACACCAACCUGCUCUCUUUUGAACAAAGCAGACAUCACCGCCAUCACCGAGAAGAACCGUGAGCAGGAGCCUUUGCCCCAUGCACAAGCAAUCAUAGAUACUCGGAGGGCUGCGUUGAAGGAGUACAUUCUUUUCCGGGGCGAGGGCUCCUCUGGUGGGAUCAAGGGCUUGACUGAAGGACCGGAGCUGUUGGGCUCGCUCGCGCGACCGCAGCCAUACAGCUGCAUCGGAUAUAUCACUACCACAGGCGACGACACACACCCGCAUUCGCCAUGCCGUUUACCCGCGGGGAGGAUGGCAUGGCUGACUAGUACCUUCCGGAAGGCCGCUAUCUUUGACGAAAACCAGGUCCACGCCUCCCUUCAAGCCGCACGCGACGGCGCCCUUCUCAUCAACUACAUGCACGACUUCUACUCGCUUGCGUACCCAAUCGCACCCCCGCGCAGCUCAAGACGUGUUAUUUCUCCUUGA